UUUUGGUUUAGGGGUUGAUUUCUUGUACUGGUUUGGAGGUAUGGAUUUGGGUGACAAGGAUAAAUUUGGCUUGGAGAAGAGGGAUGGAGAUUCAAUGAACUACCAUUCAUCUAACAUGUCCUCAGAAUGGCAAUUUGGCGGUGCCAAUCUCAUAAACCAGCCAAUCAAUUUGGUUCCUACAGACAAUUCAAUUCCCGUUUGCAAAGAGGACCUGAUGGGUUCUUCGGCUUGUUCCUCUUUGUCCAUGGGAGACUCAUUUUGCCCAAGUCUAUGGAAUCACCCCAAUUCACAGAACAUGGGAUUCUGCGACAGUAAUGUUCAGAUCAGUAUGAACACGGGCCAGGCAGUGGCGAUGAGAAAAGGGGUUCCUGGUUCUUCAAGAACUGGGAUUGACAAGCCACUGGAUAUCAGCUGGAAUCCCUCAAUAUCUAAAGCUGGUGUCUUUUUACAAGGGGGUGCAGGGAUCUUCCCUCAGAGCUUAUCUCAGUUUCCUGCUGACUCUGCCUUUAUUGAGCGAGCUGCCAGGUUUUCGUGCUUCAGUGGUGGGAAUUUUGGUGACAUAGUGAAUCCUUUUGGCAUAUCUGAAUCCUUGAGUUCCUAUCCCAAAGGUGGAGGAACGGUUCAAGGGUCCCCUGAGGACCUCUCGAAUGGUUUGAAACUUGUAAUGGAAGCUGAAGUUCAGAACAAUGAGCUGAACAUGACUGAAGUUUCGAAAGAUGUUUCCCUCUCUGAGCAUCAGGUAGCUGAAGGGUGUCCAACCAAGAAAGAUAGAAAAAUUGGGAGUUUUGUGAGGCCUCCUGAUGAAACAGAACAAGGAAAUGGUGUUUCCAGCAAUGAGUCUGAUGAAAUUGAGUUAAGAGGUGGUGGUGGUGGUGAUGUUCCGGAUGAUCUAUCAAUGAUGGAGAGUGCUGGUGGAGAACCUUCCUCCUCCAAAGGAAUAAGCAGUAAGAAAAGGAAAAGGAGUGGUCAGGAUACUCAGCCGGACCAAGUUAAAGGACCUCAGCAAUUAUCUGGUGAAGCUGCAAAAGAGAACACCAACACCAAACAGAAUGGUGACCAAAACCCAGCUUCUACUGCUACGAAGCCUUCUGGGAAACAUGGGAAAGAUGGCUCCCAGGCUGUUGAUGGAUCCAAAGAAGAUUAUAUACAUGUUAGAGCUCGAAGAGGUCAAGCAACAAACAGCCACAGUCUUGCCGAAAGAGUAAGAAGAGAAAAGAUUAGUGAAAGGAUGAAAUUUCUUCAAGACCUUGUGCCUGGUUGCAGCAAGGUCACUGGUAAGGCAGUCAUGUUGGAUGAAAUCAUUAACUAUGUACAAUCGCUGCAAAGACAAGUUGAGUUUCUGUCAAUGAAGCUUGCGGCUGUUAAUCCACGACUAGACUUCAACAUAGAAGGGCUCCUUGCAAAAGAUAUUCUCCAGUCACGAGGUCCUACGAUGGGGUUUUCCCCAGAUGUGAAUAUGUCUCAUCCCCUGCUACAUCCAUCACAGCAGGGAUUGAUCCAGACUGGAAUUCCUGGCAUGAGAAACCCCUCAGAUGUACUUAGGAGAACAAUCAAUUCGCAGUUGAUGGCCAUGAAUGGAGUGUACAAGGAACAGACUCAGAUAAACAAUCCAUGGGAUGACGAGCUCCACAAUGUUUUCCAGACGAGCUUGGGCACCAGUGUCCCUUUCAAUAGUGAAGAUUUGAACGGUUCUCUGCCACAAGGAAAUAUGAAAGUUGAGCUUUGAUUAGUAGCUUUUGCCACCUAGUAUCACUACUUCCUAUUGUCAAAUUUCAUGGAGAUGGAAAGUUCUGCCAAUCCUAAGGAGAUAAAGUGUUACUUAAAAUUGUUAGGGCUGAUAAAAAUACUAUAUCAUCCCUAUCUCUACCAAAAGAUCCAUUAGUUAGCAAGUUAAUAUGAUUUUGGAGCCAAGGCCAAGGGUUACACUUGUUGUAUAGCAGGAUGAAAAGCUAGUCUACCCUAAAAGCUUCUUGGGUAUAUUAUACAGAAAAAAUUGUUUGUUCAUUUCAGUUGCAA